CACCCGCAAAUAAAACCCCAAGGAAAAGAAGAAGAAAAAGAAGAAGACGAAGAAGACGAAGAAGAAGAAGAACGUAUAUGAGGCGACUGAGACACGGAAGUGGAGUGGAGAGAGCGAGAGAGAACGUUGGCGCGAAGGUUGGAUUCUGUGGUUAGUGGCACAAUCUGAUUUGUGACUGGAUCAGAAUGGAAAUAUGAAUGAAGGGUCGGAGGACGAAGAUGUGGAAUCGGAAUGGGAAAAGAGUGCAAGUAGAAAAGGAGGAGGAGGGAGAAAGGAUAACAAAAAACGACCAGUAGAAGAGGAGGAAGGGAGAUACGCCAGGAAAAAGAAUACGAUGAAGGAAUUUAAAGUAAUUCUUAAAUUUAAGCCGGUAACGAGAUAACGUCAGUGAGUCCAAUCACUCUGACAACAGGACUGAAAAAGGCGAUCGGAAGGUGGCGGUAAUGCGCAUCUAAAAGUUGUUCGCCAACCGCCAUAAAAGAAGAAGAGAAGAAGAACGUAUGACGUCAGGGCGGGGCGGGGCGCGGCGCCACUCGGAGGUGUGUCUUCCCCCCGCAGGCAGCUCGCAGGAUGAGGAGUGAAACCGUGGCGGACCAACACCUGUGAUAUGUGAGAGCCAGCGACGGAGGACGGAACCAUGACACUCGGCUCCGGGGCCUUCUACUGUGUCGCCCUGGGGCUGCUGGCGCUCGGGCUGCGGGAGCUGCUGACGGGCUGCGAGGAGAACAGAUGCAGUAUGACCUACAUGUUCGAAUACCCAGAGUACCGGCGCGUGGCUCUGCCCCGUCGUGUGGCCAGACUGUACCCAGCGUACGGGCUCUACCUGUAUGGAGAGGGGGUCUAUGCCCAGGAGACCCGAGCGCUCAAACUCACCGGAGCCCCUGUGCUCUUCCUGCCGGGAAAUGCUGGCAGUUAUAAACAAGCUCGCUCCCUGGGCUCGGUGGCCUUGAGGAAGGCUGAAAACAUGGAGGGAGGCCUCCACUUCAACGUCUUCACCGUGGACUUCAACGAGGAGCUGGUGGCCCUUUACGGUGGCAGUCUGCUCCGGCAGACUCACUUCCUGCAUGAGAGCAUUAAAGCCAUCCUGAGACUGUACAAGCAUCUGAAGAACCCUCCCCAGAGUGUGGUGCUCGUGGGCCACUCCAUGGGAGGAGUGGUGGCCCGGGCGCUCUUCACUUUGCCCCGCUUCAACACCAACCUGGUGGGCCUCAUCCUCACCCAGGCCUCUCCCCACCUGGCUCCAGUACUGGCCCUGGACCCGUACCUGCUGGAUUUCUACUCUGCAGUGAAACAGAAGUGGUUGAAGCAGGCGAACAAGCUCAGAAACAUCACAGUCCUGUCUGUUGGGGGUGGUUACCGUGACUACCAAGUCCGGUCAGGUCUAACAUCCCUACCGUGUCCUCCAGGAGACCCCAAUAAGCUGUCCCUGGUGGCAACUGCAGUUCCCAGGACAUGGGUGUCCACUGACCACCUCUCCAUCGUUUGGUGCAAAGAGCUUGUUCUUGCUACUGUCAGGGCAUUCUUCGACCUCAUCGAUCCUGAGACCCGACAGUUCACAGACGACCCGGAGAAGAAAAUGUCUGUACUGAACCACCACUUCGUCAGACAUCCUGUUAGGAUGGUGGGAGAAACUCCGGACACGUCCAUCUCAACCUUAGAUUUCCCUGAAGUGUGGAGUGAAGUGAACACAUUGCGUCUGGCUUACAGCGCACCAAAGGAAGGACAGGUGAAAUAUUUCAUGUUUGCCCUCUCGAGUCGCAGGAAAGCCUACAGCCAUUUCUACUGCCGGAGCAGCAACUUGGAGAUGAGUAGCUGGGUGUAUGGCUGCGUGCACAAGAAUGUUUCAUCAUGUGUGCGUGCUGUGGAUCUGUCCAUGGGAACGGAGCUCCUGCCUCCGUACAAGGUCCUGAUUCUGAGUCUCAGCGACUUGUCUUCAGUUACUCAUCUAGUGGUUUCGGCCUCUAACCUCAAUGGCAGACAGUUUACGGUGGAGUGCGAGUGGCAGAGACAAGAGUCACACACGCUGUCUGUCCCAGUACCUCAUGUCCUGUCCUUCGGUUUGACUGUCAGUGACGUUACGGUCAACUCGUCUGGACUCCUGCACACCGUCGAGCUGCAGCACUUCCACCAGGGCUAUCAGGCUUUCAGAGUAAACGUUGCAAGCCAGUGCAAAGUACAUAAAGAGAGAUUGUCUAACGUAUACAGAAUAAUGGCCCCGUGGUUUCGAGAGGACUCUUUAACCACCGUCAGUGUGCCCUCAGUCACAGAGAUCUCAGGGAUGGUGCACACAAGUCGGCCAGACAACACCUCAGCAGUCCGCCUUCAGCUCCACACUGCCCCCAACUGCCAGUAUAAGGUGUCAAUAAGGACUUCAUUACCCAGGGUGCUCGGACAGAUACUGCGGUUCUGUGGUCCUAUGGUACCGGUGUACACAGCUGUAACGCUGCUCCUGGCCUGCGGGGGGCAGCUCUCGUCCAUCCUGAAGUCAAGGCGACCGGCAGACAUGAGCCAGGUGGUGGGCAAAGGCCUGCAGCCUCACAAAGUCAACCUGCCUGUUUAUGUUCUGCACGUCUUACUGAGCUGUAGCCACUUUCAAGAGGUCUGGUCCACUCUGUGCCUCCCCUCCAUGGAUGUUCUCCCUGCAUCCUUUCCUGAUACAACGUUUCAUGAAGGCAUGGUACCAGUUGAAGAAUGGCCCCACCUCCUGUCCCCUCUGCUGUACAUCUUGGGGGCAGCUGUAGCGUACUGGGGGAGCACAGUGCUCUGUCUCAUUAUGCGGCUGGUCUCAUUAAUAUUAGCUCCACUGCACAGACCAUCCGUCUCCAGAGACUGUGGCACCCUGCGACCGCGGACCCAGCUCCUUAUCACACUCUGUCUGACUGUUAUUGGCGGGACAUCCUGCGGAGCAUUGUCGGUCUUUGCUGCCUUUCUGCUCCACCUUUAUAGGGUGCUAAGGCUACAAAUGACAGAGAGGUCUUUGAGUCACAUGCUGAAUCUGGCCCCCCGGAAGCACAAUGAAGCUGCGAAUGGCACAGUUGACGCUGACAGCUUGAGCAGGUCUAAAGAAUGUAACGGCGCCCCCUUGCUGUCUGAGUGCGCCGUGCAGGAGGUGAGGGACGACCUCCAGCUCCAUCUCUGCCUGUCGGCACUCUUCACGCUACCCGUCAUGCUCAGCGCGCCGUCACUCCUCCACUGGAUCCGCAACCUGAGAUAUUCCACCCAACUGGAUCCUGACCCUUGUUGGCCAUACGUCGUGCCUCUCGUUACUGUUUACAUACUGCUCAUUAACUGCAACACGUUAAAACUCUGCAGCAGUAAACUCCUGCCUCUGACUUCCUGCCUCCCUCUGCCCUUGGCCGUCACCAUGGUGGCCUUCUCUCCGCUUCACCUUUACAGAGUCACCUACUUCCUGUUGCUGACUCUCGUCCCUCUGGCGUCUUGUUGCCUGCUCUGAUGGUGUCUGGCUGGUUUCAGUCUUCAUCUCUACCAUAACAAGCCUUCCACUAAGUUGAGGCUGAUCGAUGUGUCAAACUGCCAUGGAGCAGAGCUAUAGACAUACAUAGCUUGGGGAAUUGCCUGCUCAAUGUUGGCACUAAACGCUCUGUGGCAUUUACACUGUGUUUUAAAAUGAGAGGACGUAAAGGCCCCGGAACAUUUGGUGCAAACUUUGCUCUGUCGGAAUGACCUGAAACCAAGUUUGCCUUACUCUGUAUAUCUAUAGCUCGGCCUUCAAGGAGGAAGAACUCCACACCAGUGAAGCUACUGAUACCAGAGAUUCUCACACAGGGUGUUACUGUCGAAUCUGACGUGCCGUUUCUGCUUUUGUUGUUUCUAGUGUCUGGAGUCGCUCACACUGCCUCCUGCUUAGCAACGACUCACAGUUGUGUGUAGCUGGCCCCUUGUUGACUGUAGGAGCACUACCAUUAAACCAGUGGCAGUACAAUAUCUCUUUCCAUAAAACAAAUCCAAAGUAAUCAUGUUUACAUUAGCCCCUUAAUCAUUUUUGAUAUACAGUAAUGUAGGUUUGCAAUGGUAAUGGUUUGAGUGCGCGGGCAGCUGGUCAGACUAAGAUGUGUAUUUAUUCUGAAUGUGUUUUAUCUAAGCUGUAGUUGAUUACAGUCACUUCACUGUCAGCUAUAGUGACUGUUUGAUGACUCAUCUAAAAGACGCAUGUGCCGGUUUUAUAGGCAAAAAUAAAACUGACACUUUCCUAUCUGAAAAAAACCUCCCAAAGUCCUCACACUGGUGUUGUGCUGGCUCGUCCACGUCAGCUCCUCGUGUUCCCCUGCUGAUAGAUUCACAAUGAUGUUACAGUUUUUCUCUUUGCUCACUUCUUUUAGAAAGUUCAGAGAGAGGGGAGUUUGAUGCACAUUACACUAAACGUGAAUGAGGUCAGCGUGACAUAAUUAUGAUAACAGUCAAAGUAGCAUAUGGUGACAGGACAAAUCAUAAAUAUUCAUUAGUUGUUUUAUUUUUUACUGCUAUGGACAUUAAGGUUCAAGCUUCAAAUAACGUACCUCACAACAGGUGGAGUCUGCUUCGCUUUGUGCUCCUACAGUACAGGGUUCGAGUCUGACUAAUUCCUAAGAUGUUGUUAUCAAACCAUUAUGACAAAGAAAAGUCAUUGACAUUUUACGGUUUAACAAUCAACUUUAUUCUAGAUAACACAAAUACAACCAAAUAUAUAGAACUUGAAUUAAGACAAUUAAAAAAACUUUUUUUACUGAAAUGUAAACACAAGUGCACUCCUUUUUAACAUUGUUUUUUUUUGUAAAAUAAAAGUUUUCAUAAGAUAUAUAUCUGAAAGUCCAACCCAUGUAUUGGUCAGGCUCUAAUAACAACGUGGUCCCAGGUUGUCAGGGUAGAGUUUGCUGGUUGACCGAGGAGUUCACCACCUUUUGUCUUCUCAAUAUGAAUUUAAUUUAUGGUAUAACUGCUGCUCGGUGUCCUUUUUGCAAAAUGAUGUCAGUCACACACCGGGCAGUAGAGCUGGUCCUGAAGUUAGAACAACAACAAACUAAUCUUUUUUUUAAAUGCAGCAAAUGAGGCUGGAGGUGUUUAGUCUUUUUCUUUCUGUCAACAACACCCAUGAAACAUGAUUUAUGAGUAGGACGGCACAGGUGGGAUUAAAUCCAAAUAAAUGACUGUGUGUGUGUGUAGCUCACUGAUAUGUUUUAAUAGUUUUUAAGAGCUCAGAGGAAUAGCAUUCUGUAUAUCAGACUUUGAUACACACACUGUACCUGUUAUUGGGAUCUGUUGUUGCUCUUGGUCUUUUUGUGGAGUUUAGUAACGGAAAGAAUAUGUAGGAUAUCAGUCAGUGAAUCACAUGGAAUCAGACCACCGUGCAGGUUGGUGCAGUGUGUGUGUGUGUGCGUGAGUUUUCAGUUUGCUGUGUUGUGGCGGUCUACAGACCCAACAUCUGUGUUGCACUUUGUUUUUGUUUCCAAUGACUUUUUGAGCAGUUCGACUGUUGCACUCCGACUGAUGCUCCUCUGGUGUGAUAUGUUUAUGAAUCAGUUUCACUUGAAAAAACUGACCAGUGAUUUUUAAGCAGUUGUUUUGACACAACUCAUCAAAUGAUGGGUAACCAUCAGAUUUUGGUGAGUUAACUUUAUGUGAUGGGUCUGUGUGUUAGAACUGUCUCACGUGUCCUCGUGCCUUUCCGCUUCACACCUGCCUGUCAGUCAACCAGUCCGUCAACCUGUCAGUCAACCAGUCCGUCAACCUGUCAGUCCUCCGCAGCAGUGCACUGUCCACUGUCUAUGAAUGUGUUGACUCACCAAAACUCUCUAUAGAGUUUUUGAUUUGACUUUAUAACUACUGGACACUAAAGACAAGUUCAUAGGGACCAAAAUGUACAAUCAUACAUCGCCUGUACCUGACUCCUGACGCCUUUACCUGAUGACUGUACCUCACGCCUGUACCUGAAGCCUUUACCUGACACCUGUACCUGACACCUGAUGAUUGUACCUGACGCCUGUACCUGAAGCCUUUACCUGACAACUGUACCUGACACCUGAUGAUUGUACCUGACGCCUGUACCUGAAGCCUUUACCUGACGACUGUACCUGACGCCUUUACCUGACGACUGUACCUGACGACUGUACCUGACACUUGACGACUGUACCUGACGCCUGACGACUGUACCUGACACCUGUACCUGACGCCUGUACCUGACUCCUGACGCCUUUACCUGACGACUGUACCUGACGCCUGUACCUGACUCCUGACGCCUUUACCUGAUGACUGUACCUGACACCUGAUGCCUAUACCUGACGCCUGUACCUCACACCUGAUGCCUAUACCUGACGACUAUACCUGACACCUGAUGCCUCUACCUUACUCCUGACGCCUUUACCUGACGACUGUACCUGAAGCCUGUACCUGUCUCCUGACGCCUUUACCUGACACCUUUACCUGACACCUAACGCCUUUAUCUGACGAUUGUACCUGAAGCCUGUACCUGACUCCUGACGCCUUUACCUGACGACUGUACCUGACACCUGACGACUGUACCUGACGCCUGUACCUGACGCCUGUACCUGACACCUGACGCCUUUACCUGACGCCUGUACCUGACUCCUGACGACUGUACCUGACGCCUGUACCUGACUCCUGACGCCUUUACCUGACGACUGUACCUGACACAUGACGCCUUUACCUGACGACUGUACCUGACGCCUGUACCUGACUCCUGACGCCUUUACCUGACGACUGUACCUGACACAUGACGCCUUUACCUGACGACUGUACCUGACGCCUGUACCUGACUCCUGACGCCUGUACCUGACACCUGUACCUGACGACUGUACCUGACAUCUGAUGCCUUUACCUGACUCCUGUACCUGACAUCUGAUGCCUGUACCUGACGACUGUACCUGACACCGGACGCCUUUACCUGACUCCUGUACCUGACACCUGAUGCAUGUACCUGAGACCUGACGACUCUACCUGACGACUCUACCUGAUGCAUGACACCUGACGACUGUACCUGGCGUCUGUACCUGGCGACUGUACCUGACGACUGAUUAUGUCUCUGUGUCUUUGUAAGUGAUCAGCUUUCCUGUGCACUAGUCUUUUCGGUGCAGUUUUAGUGCUUUGAGACGCACGUUGUCGCCGUCGUUGUGAAUCAGUGGCAUACGCUACUUUGUAGAACAAAAUGCUAAAGAUGAUGAAUUUUGUUUUCUAUAAAUAUAAUUGUGAUUUAUAUCGGUGUUCACUGUGAUAGUGUCGUUCCAAACUUCAGUUUCUCCUUUCAAACUGAACAGUCAGACUCAUUUUUUCACGAGUACAUGACGCUUUUAAAAUGAGCUUCGUGUGCCACUUCUUUGAAUACGUCCAGAAUUAGAUUUGAAGUUGGAAUCAAAUUGAGACUGGACCUUAAACACUGUCAUUUCAAAGCCAAAAGAUUUAAUGCCAAGGUAUUGUUGCGCAGUUGUGAUACAUAACAAAAAAGCAAUGAAUACAAUAUUUCUCUGCUUUAACAUUAUUGUCAAACAUCUCUGUUUAACUGCCUCCAGCUGUACAGAAAAGGAACGCAUUGUAAUUUAUGAAAAUCCCGUGAACUGUGAGUUGGUAAAACGAGUGGUAAUUAGAACUGACAACUCAAUGAUGUAUUUUACAACCCUGCAAGAAGCAGAAUUGUUUGUCAUGACGGUCAGGUGACAAUUUGUUUUACUAAAAUGACAAGUUCUCCGUCUUGUGAUGAUGCUGUACUGAUGGUGGUUGAUAACUCUGUUCUUGAUACGUUUGUCUUCAUUUUGAGGUCAAUACAGCGUCAGAUAUGCUGUUGACAGAUUCUGUCUUAAUCCAUGAUUCAUCACGUUGCAAUAUAUGUCCCUUCUGUUAAUGAGAUUACUUUUCCCAAAUUAUUGAGUCAGUGAUGCGUCCAUGUGAUUGAUCACUGUAAACAUCCACUUAACCAGCUGCCAAAAGUCUCCCCUCCUGAAUAUUUAACCGUAAAAUAAAAAGCUCUUAAUUUUUAGAAACAAGCUUUUGAACAAACACAAUAAAACAAAGGAUUUGACUCCAAUGUAGAAUUAACAAUAGAGUAAACCGGUUGAUGUCCGGUGCAGAUGUGGUCCAGUUACCACAGUGUGACAUGGAUACACUGAACUCUUAUCUGGAAACUUGUCGCAACCUGAAUGUUCACUUGCAUUUCCUCACAAAGUAAUGAAAAACAUUUCAUAUACUCUGUUAAUAUGAAAGUCACCAUCACACUACAUGUCUGCUGCUGUCUGCCGUUGCAAUAACGCCUGGUAACUCUUUCGAUGUUCUUCAUUCUGCUUCUGCCUCGAGUGACUUUAAAACCUGUAACCUCCAGCGCGCCGAGUCCUCUGGGUUCCGCAAAUAUACUGGAUACAAACAUCAAACACAGCCAAGGCACAGAUUUCAAAUUCAUAUUUUCUGGUGUGGACGAGUAUUUAACCCUCAGGUUUAAGCGUUGUGUCAAAAAUCGAUUGCUUUGAUGUUUUUGUAUUUCACCUUUUUAUCGGACGUUCCUGUUAAUAGGCAAACUGUGCAAUUUCUGGCACCAUUGUUGUUGCAAUAAAACAAAAAAAGAAAAUAA